GUAAUCACGUUUAUUUUUUUUUCCUCCCCUUUUAUUUUCGGGAGGUUUUUCUCAAACGCCGUUCUUCUCUCCAUUUUCUUCAUUUUUCUCCAAAUUUUCACCGUCUGCAUUCUCUUCUUUGUAACGAAACCCUCGUUUUCUUCUUCGCUCGCUGCUCUCGAUUGAUAACACAAAACCAAUAGCAUCAGACUUCUCUCUGCAACAAACCCUAGCGAUUCGAAGUUACGCUCGAGAGAGGAACGGCCAUUGAGCCUUUGAUGAUGAUGAUGGUGUGCGAUGUGACUCACUGAGUUGAACCGGAUAAAGAUCUGAGUCUCGGCGAUCGGUUCAACGCGCUCAUGGGUGCUGCGGGCUCCAAGCUCGAGAAGGCUCUUGGCGACCAAUUCCCCGAAGGAGAACGUUACUUUGGCCUUGAGAAUUUCGGCAAUACUUGUUACUGCAACAGCGUUUUGCAGGCGUUAUACUUCUGUGUUCCAUUUCGUGAACAGUUGCUAGAGUAUUAUGGAAACAACAAAGGUGUAGCAGAUGCAGAGGAAAAUCUCUUGACUUGCUUAGCCGACUUAUUUUCACAGAUAAGUUCCCAAAAGAAGAAAACAGGUGUCAUUGCUCCCAAACGAUUUGUACAGAGAUUGAAAAAGCAGAAUGAACUCUUUCGAAGCUAUAUGCACCAGGAUGCCCAUGAAUUCUUGAACUUUUUGUUAAAUGAACUUGUUGACAUUCUGGAGAAAGAGGCCCAGGCUGCAAAAAAUGAUCAAGAGACAUCUCCAUCUUCUGAAAAGGCUGCCAAUGGACCUAAAAAUGGUCCAGCUAAUGGUGCUAAAAAAGAGCCUUUAGUUACAUGGGUGCACAAAAAUUUUCAGGGAAUACUCACCAACGAGACAAGGUGCUUGCGAUGUGAAACUGUAACAGCUAGGGAUGAAACAUUUUUUGACUUGAGCCUUGAUAUUGAACAAAAUAGUUCAAUUACAAGUUGUUUGAAAAACUUCAGUUCAACUGAGACAUUGAAUGCUGAAGACAAAUUUUUUUGUGACAAGUGCUGCAGCUUGCAAGAAGCUCAGAAGAGAAUGAAGAUUAAGAAACCACCCCACGUCUUGGUUAUCCAUCUUAAGCGGUUCAAGUACAUUGAACAGCUGGGCCGCUACAAGAAGCUGUCUUACCGGGUUGUCUUCCCCCUAGAGCUGAAAUUGAGCGAUACAGCUGAAGAUGAAGAUAUUGAGUAUUCUCUAUUUGCAGUAGUUGUCCAUGUUGGUAGUGGGCCCAACCAUGGGCAUUAUGUCAGCCUUGUGAAAAGCCAUAACCACUGGUUAUUUUUUGACGAUGAAAAUGUCGAGAUGAUAGACGAGUCAGCUGUUCAGACAUUCUUUGGGUCAUCGCAAGAAUUUUCCAGCAAUACAGACCAUGGUUACAUUUUGUUCUAUGAGAGCAUUGGCUCUGGUAAUAGGAACUAGAGGGGGGAGCCUUUUGAGUUUUAGGUGCUUGAAUCAUUUGGACUGUCUUUUUCAUCGGUUUAAUUAAUUAUUUCUUUUUUCCUCAUUUCAUUUUUUCCGUUUUCCCUUAUUCAACCUGCUUGAGUAGUUGUAAUACAUCCAUGAGAGGAUACGGGUUGUGAAAUGUAUACUUAGGUGGUCGUCAUGUACAGUGGAUGGUGGAAGCACUGUCCUUUUUUCCCCCAUCUCUUUCUUUUACAAAUAAGAGCAGAUAGAGCAGUAUAUAUGGUGUGAGAAUCUCACCGACAAUGUAUUCAUGGUGUUAAAUGUUAAAUCAAUGGAAACACAAUGCAAUGACAAAGUUACUCGUAAAUUAUG